AUGCAGGACUUGGAGCGCCGGCUGGCAGACCGGGAGCACCGCCAGCAAACUCCAAAAUCAAGCUACUCCUAUUCUCCCUUGAGAAGCUGCUCCCGACGAACAGCUAGCCCACGAUCUGAGCCCGAGAGCACCAGGGAAGGAGGACGCGCAAGAAGACACGGCGACCCCAUCAUUUACACCAGGCACGAAAGGAGGCGUACCACAGAGCGAAACCGCGAGGACGCUCACCGGAAGGACGACGAGGGAAGAACGACGAGAACGCGGGGACUAGUGAUAAUGGGCGCAACCCCAUUCCAUUGUUCCAUCCUCGAGGUCUGGCUGCCAAAGCAUUUUGACAAGCCAACGGACAUGAGGUAUGACGGAACCCAAGACCCGCAGGAGCACCUCACGGCCUUUGAGGCCAGGAUGAACCUGGAGGGCGUAGGAGACGAAGUAACGUGCCGCGCCUUCCCGGUCACACUGGCAGGGCCUGCAAUACAGUGGUUCAACAGCCUCCUGCAGGGCUCGGUGGCCGGCUUCUCAGAUAUUAGUCGCGCCUUCCUAGCCCAGUUCACCACCAGAAUUGCAAAAGCAAAGCACCCGAUAAAUCUACUCGGCGUGACUCAGAGGUCCGGCGAGCCGACCAGGAAGUACCUAGACCGGUUCAACGAUGAGUGCUUGGAGAUUGAGGGGUUAACUGAUUUGGUAGCUAGUCUCUGUCUAAUGAACGGGCUCCUUAACGACGACUUCAGAAAGCACCUCACCACGAAGCCGGUUUGGACAAUGCAAGAGAUCCAAACUGUAGCCCGGGAAUACAUUAACGAUGAAGAAGCCAGCCAAGUUGUGGCUGCCAACAAGCGGCAGCCCUCUUACAACCAACCCAGGCAACACGAUAACGGAGAAAGGCAGAAGGAACACGCCAGAGACGGCGGUCGGAGCAAGCCACCCAGGUCGUUUCCUCGGCAGAUAGCCAAGAAAGGAAUCUUGUCGAAGCCCCGGCCUCUGAAGGACCGAACUGGGAGAAACAAGAACAUCUACUGCGAUUACCACAAGGGUUACGGGCACAAGACACAAGACUACUUCGACCUGAAGGAUGCACUGGAACAAGCAAUCAGGGAUGAAAAACUCGCCGAAUUCUCGCACCUCAUCAGGGAGCUGAGGAGGCAGAACCGCGACCACGAUGAGAAGGAUAAGACCCGAACGGUGAAGUGA